AUGGGAGAGCUGACUUUCUUUCUUGGAUUAAAAAUCAAGCAAUCUUUCAAAGGAAUCUUCAUUAGCCAAACCAAGUACACCAAGGAGCUCAUAAAAAUGUUUGGAAUGGAGAAUGCGAAACCCAGUGGAACUCUAAUGAUUCCGUCAAUAACUCUUAAAAAAGACAAAAACAGGAAAAGUGUCGAUGCAACUAUGUAUAGGGGAAUGAUUGGAUCCCUACUAUAUCUCACGGCUAGUCGACCAGAUAUAAUGUUCAGUGUUUGUAAGUGUGUCAGAUUUCAGUCGUCUCCAAAGGAAUCUCAUUUGACUGCAGUUAAACGUAUCAUUAGAUACCUCAUUGGGACCACUAAAUUAGGUUUAUGGUAUUCCCACUCUAAUAAUUUUAACCUAAAAGGCUUUUCAGAUGCAGAUUUUGCAGGUGAUUGGACUAACAGGAAAAGCACUAGUGGAACUUGCCAACUACUAGGAAAUGCACUAAUUUCCUGGCAUAGCAAGAAACAAAAUUGUGUUGCCUUGUCAGCUACUAAAGCAGAGUAUUUACCUGUUGGAAGCUGUUGCACUCAAAUUCUCUAG